GUCGUUCAAGGUUCUUCCGGGAGCAUGGUUGCAGGCUUGGCUUUGCCGAGGAGCUGGUACCAGCGUUUUCGCGUGCUGUUCUGUGAGCGCUGCUGCGGGGAGCUGUGAGGGGGCCGUCCACAACAUGAAUGCAGUGACCUAUGAUGAUGUGCAUGUUGACUUCACUUGGGAAGAGUGGAAGUUGCUGGAUCCUUUCCAGAAGAAUCUCUACAAAGAUGUGAUGCUGGAGACCUACAAGAACCUCACAGCCAUAGGAUACAGUUGGGAAGACCAUAAUAUUGAGGAACAUUGUCAAAGUUCUCAAAGACAUGGAAGGUAAUUAUCAUGUGCAAGCUGAUACAAACGUGCCUCUGAAGGAACGAUAAUGUGUCCUGGAAGUUGUAAACAGAAGCAGUGUAUAAAUAAACAUAAAUUCAUGUACAUUGAAUAUUAUUAAAUUCUCACAAACCAUUUACCUCAAUUUCAGGUAGGUGAAUUGCAUUUGCAAGGCAUUCUAUUAAGAGAGAAGACAAGGAAAUAGUUCCUUAACAGAUAUCACCAUUUGAAUCCUAGUUCUAUGAGAGCUAUGCUGUAGAACUGCCGAUCUAUUUAGUUUCAUACCACUCAUUUUACAAAAGGUAUACAUGUUGAAUAGGUAAUAAGUAUGUCUCCAAAACUUUGUAAUAAACAUACAGCCCAUAGUAAAACAGGUGUUACUAAUAUACUUGUUCCUGUGCUGUGUAUCAUGAGAGCUGCAGUUAGGGCCAAGAGCCAAGGUGCUGUUGUUAUCGAGAAAUCUUAAUCCCUAUACCACAUGUCUAUGAGAAACAGAAAGUCAAACUGUGUGCCUUUUAUUUGUUAAAAGUCAUAUGAGCGUAGGGAUAUGGGCAGGCACAACACUCUUCUCUCUGAGAACAAUUAGAAGUUAUGUAGCAGUCCCCACAUCGAAUAUACUUCUUGAAUUUGAUUCAAGUAUACAAAAGUAUUUGGUUUCCCAGCUUCAAACCAUCAACAAACACACACUGCAGAGAAGCCCUAUGAGCACUAGGACCGAGCAUAAACUUCUGUUUGUCCUAGGUGACUUAACAAUAGAGUAUGAGUCAAAAGUAUAGGAUAAUUUAUAAAUGCAAUAAGAGUGGUGACGCUCUCAGUUUUUCCAGCUCUCUUGAAAUGGGUGCAAAAUCCCAUAUAAAAAUAUUCUGUGUAUGCGAACCUUGUAAUAAAGGAUCUUACCAUCACAGGUAUCUUCAAAGAUGCAAAACAGCCCUUAAUAAACACAGUGAUAAAAUCUUAGAUUUUAUCUUUACAAUUGGACCAAAUUGUAAAAUUUAUUCAUAAGAUAUAUUGAUUCAACAGUGUAUUGAAUGUG